AUGAAGAUGUUAACUAAAUUCGAAUCAAAGUCCACCAGGGCCAAGGGCAUUGCCUUCCACCCUUCCAGACCUUGGGUCUUGGUGGCUUUGUUCUCCUCCACCAUCCAAUUAUGGGAUUACAGAAUGGGAACGCUGCUUCACAGAUUUGAAGACCACGAAGGUCCGGUCCGUGGGCUAGAUUUCCAUCCAACCCAACCUAUUUUUGUCUCUGCAGGUGACGACUACACCAUCAAAGUCUGGUCUUUGGACACCAACAAAUGCUUGUAUACUUUAAGCGGGCAUUUGGAUUAUGUUCGUACCGUGUUUUUCCACCGUGAAUUGCCCUGGAUCAUAUCCGCCUCUGAUGACCAGACCAUAAGAAUUUGGAACUGGCAAAACCGUAAAGAAAUUGCUUGUUUGACUGGCCACAAUCAUUUUGUCAUGUGCGCUCAAUUUCAUCCUACUGAUGAUCUGAUCGUUUCCGCCUCUUUGGAUGAGACCAUCAGAAUUUGGGAUAUCUCUGGUUUAAGAAAAAGACAUUCUGCCCCUGGUACCAACUCAUUCGAGGAGCAAAUGAAUGCCCAACAAAACCUGUUGGACGGCUCUCUUGGCGACUGCGUGGUGAAGUUCAUUCUAGAAGGCCACACAAGAGGUGUCAACUGGGCCUCAUUCCACCCGACUUUACCAUUGAUCGUCUCCGCCAGUGAUGAUCGUCAAGUUAAGUUAUGGAGAAUGAGCGCCACCAAGGCUUGGGAAGUUGACACUUGUAGAGGUCAUACCAAUAAUGUGGAUAGUGUCAUUUUCCACCCGCAUCAAAACUUAAUUAUUUCUGUUGGGGAAGAUAAAACCCUAAGAGUUUGGGACCUCGACAAGAGAACCCCAGUAAAACAAUUCAAGAGAGAGAACGAUAGAUUUUGGUUGAUUGCAGCUCAUCCUCAUAUCAAUUUAUUUGGUGCGGCUCACGAUUCUGGUAUCAUGGUUUUCAAAUUAGACCGUGAAAGACCAUGCAGUUUUAUCCAUCAAAACCAAUUGUUUUUCGUCAAUGCGGAAAAGCAAAUUCAAAGUUUCAAUUAUCAAAAAAGAGUCGCUUCAUUACCUUACGCCUCGUUAAAGGGCAUUGGCCAACCUUGGGAUGCGUUCAGAAGUAUAUCAUACAACCCCUCUCAACACUCCAUUUUGGUUAAUGAGGCAAAUGGCAAAUUUGCUCUCGUGAUUCUACCAAAAGAGCCUGUGGGUGCAGUCGAACCAACAAACGUCACCCAAGAUACAGGUACCUUUGCCACUUUUGUUGGCCGUAAUAGAUUUGUUAUUUACAACAAGAACUCUGAAUCUGUGGAAGUCCGUUCCUUGGAAAAUAAAAUCACUAGAAACAUUAAAGUGGAGGAAACGGUAAGAACUAUUGUAGCUGCCGGCCCCGGAUCUGUUUUGGUCAUACAUCCUCGAGAAGUUGUUCUUUUCGAUGUUCAGCAGGGCAAAAGGGUUACUCAAUUAGCUGUUAAGAACGUCAAGUACGUUUCUUGGUCCCAAGACGGUCAAUAUGUUGCAUUAAUGAGCAAGCAUACCAUAACUCUUGCUACCAAAAGGUUAGAGCUGAUUAACUCCAUGCAUGAAACAAUUAGGAUCAAAAGUGCUGCCUGGGAUGAAACUGGUGUUUUGAUUUACUCAACUUUGAAUCACAUUAGAUAUUCGCUAUUGAACGGUGAUAGGGGUAUUAUCAAGACUUUGGAAAAGACCCUGUAUAUCACAAAGGUUCAAGGAAAAUUAGUUUACUGUUUAAAUCGUGAUGGUGAGAUUGAAAUUCUAACCAUCGACCCAACAGAAUACCGUUUCAAAAAGGCCUUAGUCAAUCAAAACUUUCCAGAAGUUUUACGUCUAAUAAAGAACUCUAACUUAGUAGGUCAAAACAUCAUCUCCUAUUUACAGAAAUCAGGUUAUCCAGAGAUUGCCUUACAGUUCGUCCAAGAUCCACAUAUUCGUUUCGAUUUGGCUUUGGAAUAUGGUAAUUUGAAUGUUGCCCUAGGUGAGGCCAAAAAACUAAACGAUUCUGCUGCUUGGGAAAGAUUAAACCAAGAAGCAUUGGCUCAAGGUAAUACUGGCUUAGCAGAAAUGAUUUACCAAACCCAACAUUCCUUUGAUAAGCUAUCCUUCCUGUAUUUGGUCACUGGUGACAUUAGCAAACUGUCUAAAAUGCAAAGUAUUGCUCAAAACCGUGAAGAUUUCGGAAGUAUGUUAUUAAACACUUUCUACAACAAUUCCACCAAGGAAAGGUCCAAUAUUUUUGCUGAGGCCGCCUCUUUACCGUUAGCUUAUGCUGUAGCAAAGGCUAACGGAGACGACACAGCAGCUUCAGCGUUUCUGAAGCAAGCAGAAAUUGAUGAGCAAGAUGUCACUUUGCCAGAUCAAAUUAAUGCUUCAAAUUUCGUUCAAAAACCGGUGAUAUCGGAACCACUUGAAAAAUGGCCACUAAAAGAGGCUGAAUUAUCUUAUUUUGAAAAGGCUGUUUUAGGUCAAAUUGAUGAUUUAAAUAUAGAAGAUGAUGUUCCAGAAGAACAUGCCGCUCAAGAAAUAGAAGAACCACUUGCCGAAGAAAGCUUCAAUGACAUGGAUAUUGGUGAGGACGAAGGCGCCUGGGAUUUGGGCGAUGAAGAUUUGGAUGUGGGAGAAGUGUUACCUGAAGAAGUCGAAGAAGGUGAAGUCUCCUCCCCAGCACAAGAAGCUGAAACAGCCAUCUGGAUCAAAAACUCCAAGCUCCCUGCUGUCUUAGUUGCUGCUGGUGCCUUUGACGCCGCUGCUCAAGCUUUGAAGAAACAGGUGGGUGUUGUCGAGUUUGAACCGUUGAAGAAAUAUUUUAUCAACAUAUACGAGGGUUGCAGAACAUACAUGCCUAGUACACCCUGCGAACUCCCUGCUCAAUUAGGAUAUAUCAGAGCAUAUGAUGACACGGUAAGUGAAAACCGAAUUCUACCAUACGUUCCCGGUCUCGAUAUUAUUAACGAGAAAAUGAACGAUGGUUACAAAAACUUUAAAUUGAACAAGUUGGACGUCGCGAUUGAAUGCUUCAGAGAAGCCAUCUACCGUAUCACGUUAUUGAUGGUCGAUGACUCAGAAGAUGAAAAAUUGGCUCGUAAGGUAUUAGAAACUGCUAGAGAGUAUAUAUUAGGUUUAUCCAUUGAAUUGGAACGUCGUUCAUUAAAAGAAGGAAACAUCGUACGCAUGCUUGAGCUGGCCGCAUACUUUACAAAGGCCAAAUUAUCACCAAUUCAUCGUACCAAUGCCCUGCAAGUGGCUAUGUCACAACAUUUCAAGCACAAAAAUUUCUUACAGGCGUCAUAUUUCGCAGGUGAAUUUCUAAAAAUCAUCUCAUCUGGUCCUCGUGCAGAUCAAGCUCGUAAAAUCAAAAGCAAAGCCGAUUCUAUGGCUAGCGAUGCAAUUCCAAUCGACUUCGAUCCCUACGCCAAGUUUGAUAUUUGUGCAGCUACUUACAAACCAAUCUAUGAAGACACACCUUCUGUUUCAGAUCCAUUAACUGGUAGUAAAUAUGUCAUCACGGAAAAGGAUAAAAUAGAUAGAAUUGCUAUGAUUUCUAAGAUUGGUGCCCCUGCUUCUGGACUAAGAAUACGUGUAUAA